AAAUGGGUUGCUGCCAAAAUUCACUAAGAUGUUAAGAAGAAUUACAUUAAGAUCAUGUAGGUUUCUAAAUAUCCCCAAAAAACUUAAGUAUGCCUCCUUUGUCUAGUAAUUUAAUAAAGGGAGAUACUGAUGAAAUCAUGGAACAAAUUGAUUGUUUUGAAAGUACAUGUGAAGAGAAAGGCUUACUCGAAAAGCUCAAAUCUAACGAUAUUACUAAAUCUAAUAGUCUCAACUUAAAGGAGGAAGUCAUUAUCGAUUUAAGAUAAGCUCCUAGUCCUUCUAAAAAAUAAAUGACCAAUAAGAAUUUAAACAAUAAAUUCAUAGGAAUGCUGUGAAGGAAAC